UGGUGUCACGCCGUUACAUUUCCGUCAAGCUAAGCACAUAUGAAGCAAAUGUGUUCAGGUUUAUUAUUAUUAUUUAUUUAAUUGUUUAAGGUUGUUGGUUGAAUUGUCUUGAUGGACUGUGUGGAGCAGAGUAACGCAGACGCAGAAGCGCCCUCUGUUAUCGGCCGAUAUUUCACACGGUGGUACAGAGCAGAUAUGAAGGGAAAAUUGUGUGAGGAUCAUUGCAUCUUACAACAUUCAAACAGGUUGUGCGUUGUGACCUUAGCAGAAACUCAUCCGAUACUUCAGGAUGGACGCGCAAUCAAAAGCAUCAAUUACCAGAUCAGUAACGGCUGCAGUCGCUUGAAUAAUAAAGUGUCCGGGAAGUCCAAACGGGGGGCGCAGUUCCUUACAGAUUUUGCACCUUUGUGCAGGAUAAUGUGCUCAGAUGACACGGAGUACACAAUCUACAGUUGCAUAAGGGGGCGUCUUCUGGAAGUCAAUGAGAACAUUUUAGAAACCCCAAAUCUCUUGCUAGAAAAGCCGUCUACUGAAGGAUAUAUUGCUGUCAUCCUUCCAAAGUUUGAGGAAAGCAAGAGCAUAACUGAAAACCUCCUGACAAGAGAAGAGUUUGAGGCUGUCGUUUCCAAACGCAGUUUGUCACAACCCCCCUAAUGGAUCAUUGAAGACUAACCUGAUCCGAAAGAGUUUCUUUGGUUUUCUCCUCUCACUCUCUCUCUCCAGGUUGGUUCAAAACAAAGACUGAGAAAGUUGACUGACUGACUCUCCUGUAAGACACUUAUGCAACAGAAGGAAAGUGCCUUCAGUUUAUCAUGUUACAAAGACUCCAGGAUGUUUUCAACUUAAAAGUGCUUUAAUUGUGACUAAUUUGUUUUUAUGUUAUUUGAGUAAUAUAAGAGAAAGCAACAAAGUCUUCUGUGAAAUGCUGCAGAUAAUUUGCAGGUGUAUUUUGUUGUUGUUUU